AAAAGGAACCUGAAUUCCUAAAUAGAGUCUGAGAGUGAGUCAAAAACAGAAACCCACAAAGAAACCACCAUUUUUAGGACUAGAAAAAAGAAAAACAUACGCGUGCUCAUUAAGCCAAAUUCUUCUUCAAACCCUUUGUAGAUCUUCACACAGUGACCUUCUUCAGAUCUACACUCUCAGCACCAUCUCACACAUUGUCUUAUUUUCUGGGUGUAACCAAAAAAUUCAAGAAUUCAACAUUCCCAUAUUUAUUUUGCUAUUUACAACAACCCCCCCUUUUUUUCCAGAUCUAUUAAAAAAAAUUAAUAAUAAUUAAUAGUUAUAGUAAUAGAUAGUACUAGACACGUUAACAAUGCAAUCGGGAAAUGCCACGUUGGUUCCGGAGAAAAUGCACGGCGGUGGUGGAGGAGAGGCGGUGGCACCACCGCCACAUCAGCAGCAGUGGUUUAUGGGUGAUGAAAGGGAUGGGUUUAUAUCAUGGUUAAGAGGUGAAUUUGCAGCAGCAAAUGCUAUAAUUGAUGCUUUGUGUCAUCAUUUAAGGUUAGUAGGUGAGCAGCCAGGUGAAUAUGAUGGUGUAAUUGGAUGUGUACAACAAAGGAGAGGGAAUUGGAGCACUGUGUUGCAUAUGCAGCAGUACUUUUCAGUAGCUGAAGUGAUCUAUGCAUUGCAUCAGGUUGAGUGGAGGAAGCAGCAAAAAGGGGGUUUUAAUAAUAAGAGGAAUGGUGGGGGGUCUAGAGGAGGAGGAGGAGGAGGGGGUUGGAGAAGUGAGGGUCAUAAUUUUUCUAUGGAUGCUAAUAGUAAAGAGUUUUAUAGUAAAUCGAAUGGGGUCGGAAAGAUUGAUGUUAUAGAAAAAGAAAUAGAUGUGAAGCAAGGGGAGAAGAAAGAAUUGUUUGGAAAUCCAGAAGGAAAUAGCUCAAUGAAGAGUUCAGUUUGCAUAGAAGCUGCUGACUCACAAAGUGAAAUAGACAAAACUGAUCAUAAACGUGAUUCAAAGUCUGAUGGGUCUUGGAAUGUGGAGAAUGAAUCCCGAUCCAGCCAAGUACCAAACGAGAAGCAGAAUGUUACAAUUGUACCAAAAACUUUUGUUGCUACAGAGAUAUGCGAUGGGAAACCGGUUAAUGUUGUUGAUGGCAUGAAACUGUACGAGGAACUGCUAAGCAGUUCAGAAGUUUCAAAACUUGUUACUUUGGUAAAUGAUUUGAGAGCUUCUGGGAGAAGAGGACAGCUUUCUGGUAAGUAGUUUAAUCUGCGUUUGGGGUGGUGACGUGACAAUAAAAAAGUCCUAGUUCCUUUUUUACCCUUCGUUUUGUUUUGGUGUUUGGGAGGGGGAGGAGAGGGGUUGAAUUGGGUUUAAGCACAUUAAUGUUCUGAAGGAAUAUGUGUGAUGGACCCACUUACAGACACCUGACAACACGAUGUUGACAUGGAUGCUGGAUAAUUGAAAAUAACUUCGCACCUUUUGCCAGAAUUUCCUCAUCUGUUGCUUCUCAGUAAAAUAUAUCCUCUUUGCAUCUCAUAUCUCCAUCAAAAAGAUAUUUUCUUUUAGACUGUAUGCAGGUUUAUUAGAUGUGUUGUGUGCAUGUAUUACCCAAGUGUCUGACCUGCUUUUGAGACUAUUUCUGAGCAUGAUCAAAGGUUUGUUGGGGAAAUAAGACGUCUGCGAAGUAUAUUGUGGAUGGAUUGCCUUAGUGAGUGUGUUUGUUGGUUAGGUUGUGAGACUUCAAUAGUCAGCAUGCUGCACUAAUAAUAAUGUCUCUAAUAGAGAUAAGUUAUGUAUGACUCUUUUUAAGGGUGAAUUUAUCUUGGAAUGUGAAGCAAGAUCAUUGGAGACUACGAACGAUGCCUUCACUAGAGUUAAGUCAUAAGCUAGCUUUUUUUUUUACUCUGAAUCUGCCUUUUGAAUGCAAAUCCCGAAUUGUCAGUGCUAGACCAUGCAGGAUUGAGUUUUUCUGCUAUUAAUGGGGGAAAUAGUGUAAUGUUCAGUCGCCUGAGGAUGAACUUCGAAAUUAAGCUGAAUUACCAAAAAAUAGAAUAUAAUAGAUUUCAACUUUAGUGUGCAUAUCCAAUUCACAUUUAUUUUUCUUGAACCAGUGUUUUGGAUAGCGUACGGCGACAAAUAGCGACGAGGGCCCGCUUCAGUGAAGUGAGGCGCAUAGCGAAGCACUCGCCUUUUUCAUGUGAAGCGACAAUUUUUACAAAAACAUAAAAUAUUAUAUACAUAUAACUAAAAAUUCAAUAAC